AUGCUCGAGGCCAUAUUAAAAUCAAACAAGAUUGAUUUCACCUUUGUCGACAUCUCGGUCGACGAGGAUCAAUUAAAGUAUAUGAAAAGAAAGAACCGACUAGAAAAGGAAUUGCCACAGAUCUUUGUUGACGGAGAGUACAAAGGGUUGUUCAAAGAUAUCGAAGAGGCGAAUGAAAGGAGGGAGGUUAAAAAGUUUUUAGGAUUAGAAUAA